GAGAGAGAGAGAGAGAGAGAGAGAGAGAUCUCAUCCUGCUCCAGUUCAGUCCAGAUCAUCAUCUCCUUCUGCGCUCAGAGUCCAGCAGCUUGAGGAGUUUCUCCGCGGUGUGAUGAGGCUCCGUGGCUCCGCGGAGCGCCGGAAGGAGACGGGAGAGACGGGGGAGACGGGGGAGGGGGCGCGCGGAGGGGCUCCGGAGAUGCCGAGAGAGAGAGAGAUGGCGGCGGGAGGAAUCACCACACUCCCGGCCUCACCGGACGACGGGGCGAGCGGAGGCUUUCCUUCGGGGAACUUCAAGGAGCCCAAGCGGUUGUACUGCAAGAACGGCGGAUUCUUCCUCCGGAUCAACUCUGACGGGCGAGUGGACGGGAUCCGCGAGAAGAGCGACCCGCACAUUCGGCUGCAGCUCCAGGCCACGGCCGUCGGUGAGGUGUUGAUUAAAGGGAUCUGCGCGAACCGUUACCUCGCCAUGAACUCGGACGGACGACUGAUCGGAACGAGGAGAACAACGGAUGAAUGUUAUUUCCUGGAGCGCCUGGAGUCGAAUAACUACAACACGUACCGAUCCCGGAAGUAUCCCGACUGGUACGUGGCUCUGAAGAGAACAGGCCAGUAUAAAGCGGGAUCGAAGACCAGCCCGGGCCAGAAGGCCAUCCUGUUUCUGCCCAUGUCAGCCAAGUGCUGAUGGAGAGAUGCUGUCCAACCUGAAGCGAGAGCGACAGAGCACUGACUCUUCAGAACGUCUUGGAAAACCACUUCUAUCUAGGAACGCUUCCCACACAGAUGUACUUGGAGAGCAUUACAGGGUUUAUUUGUUCGUGUUCGGUCAUCCGAGAUAUCAGCAAUAUAGAGACUUUCGUCAAUUCUGACAAGCGUGAUAUGAUCUCAGAUCCAACUUUCCAAAGUUGAUUCCCUUGAGCAAAGACAGAAGGGUUGGUUCAGAGAGUUCACUUACAGUAUCUGCUCCUAUACGCUCUUGAAUCCGUGACUGCAUUUCUCGCAGGAAUGUUUUUAGUUUGGCAAAAUGUGAGUUUACUUUAAAGCUGCUCCUUUAUGCAAAAGUCUCGUAUAUAUGCAAAGAUGAUGAAGGGAUUCUGAGUACAUCAUGAAUGUUUUUUUAGUUUUUUUUUUUCCAUGAAACUGUAUUCUCUUUUUCAUAUAUAUAUCAUCUUAGCUCGAAAAAAUAGAUUUUAUUUAGUUUAGUUACAUUGUUGCUGCGAGUAACAGAUUAACAGUAACAUUGUAUCAUUUUUUUAAAGGUUACUGAGAAAUCAGAUUAAAAACGCUAAAACCUCUUUGUAGAUUGGGCGAGGUAACAUAUUAUAAAGUGUAGAAACUAAAACUGGUCCAUCUCUUAAAAAAUAACGGCUCUUCAGUGGAGCAAAGAAACUUUAUUAAUCAUUUUGCUAUUUAAUCAGCUUUUUAAAAAUACUCCAUUCAUUAUAGCACAUAAAGAAAAAAAAAGUCUAUUAAGUUUAUUUUAAGAGCCAAGUUUUCUUCUUGGUGUCAUUACUGAGAUGCUUUCUUCUUAUAUAUUUCACAAAAGUACUUUAAAAUAUAAAUAAUACUGUAAUAAUAAUGUUUGUUUUAUUAUAAAAGGUAUUUUUUACACGGCAGAGUGAAUGACGGAGAAAUUAAAAAAUUAAAAAAACGUAUUUCUAAGAUAUGUGUUUAGAGAUUUCAAUCUUCAUGAGAUCCAAUACGUUUUCAGUUCUAAUUGCAAUCUAAUUUAUUUUUAGAGUGCACUGCAACUUUUUUUUUUUUUUUGCCUUAUUAUUUUCUAGUAGAAAUAUAAAUUUUAUUUAAAAAAUUUAAUCGGGACAUAUUUCCUAGAGAUGCAAAAUGACUUAAAGAUAUUAAGUUCUGUUUUCUGAAAAGCAUCUUUAUGCUGAAAAAAUAUAUAUUCAAAAAAAAAAUACGUUCAAACAAUCAAUUCGACUAUAUUUACUGUAUCUUAAUUGAGAUUUAGAGAAACAUAGAGUAGGAUAAAACAUAAAUGUAAUAUUUUAUUGUACACUUGUGAACACAAUGUAACUUACUUGUAACUUUUAUACAGAACAUUUAUUUUUCAGAAAGAGCAUUGUGAUGUAGGAUGUAAUCGAUAUUUAAUAGUUAUUUGUCAUUAGUAAGUCAAUGGAAAUCUAAUUAAUAUACCAGUCGAUAAUAAAUAUUGUUUUAUUUGAAUUAAAGAAGGGUACUUUUGUAAUUGAAUGUUUUAGAUGAUGUUCUUAUAAAGCAGGUUAAGUUUCUUUCACUGCUUUUACUUUGUUGCAGAAGAACAUUCAGUUGUGUUUACAUUAGUUUUGAUUCGGUUUAACAUCAGUUCUGGAUCUGAAUCCGAAUCUUACCGAUGUUUUCUCCACCGGGAAACUUCCAAGCAUUUGUAGUCUGAGAAGGAAAGAAAAGUCAUGUUUAACACUUGCAUGUUAUUUUAGCUGAACACUUAGAAAUAUAUAUAUUUUAUGGAAAUAAGUAAUUUUAUCUUUCUGCGACUGUAUUGUUUUUGUUCCACGUUCACAGUUGAGCUAAACAUUAUUUAUAUCUAUCAGUACCAUAUCAAAUAUUUUCAUACAAAUGUCUUCUUAUAGGUUUUACAUAUUGAGUUAUAUAGAAAAUGCUGCUAGUUAUAAAUGCAACUUUGUUUCUUACUUGAGUGGUUUUUGGACAAUAAUAAACAAAAAUGCAAUGUAAAGUAAUAGCUUUAACGGUUUGUGAUAUGAGAAUCUUUCUGUACUAUCAAUAAAAAUCAAUAUUUUUGUGGGCA